AUAUCGCGUAUUUUAGGAAACACUGCCUUGCGCUUAGUCGUCGUGUAACUGACGUGUACUUAAGUAAUGUUAUUUUAAUAAUAUCACGAAUAAGCCAAAUAAGUCGGACUGGUGUUUAAAAAAAAGGAGACUGGCUUCACAUUGCAGAUGGCAUUUCUUCUACUCUAGCUGCCUGUUUUAUGGCGUGCCCGGUCCAGUUCCUGUGCAGGACUCUGCGGACUUUGGGACUGGUUCUCCUCUACUAUGUCUUCUCCAUAGGCAUCACUUUCUAUAAUAAAUGGCUAAUGAGGGAUUUCCACUAUCCCCUCUUUAUGACGCUAGUACACCUGGCCAUCAUUUUCUGCCUGUCGGCGCUGACCCGGCGGGCCAUGAAGUGCUGGACAGGGAAGACUCGUGUUAUUCUCAGCUGGACUGAUUACCUCUACAAGGUGGCACCCACAGCCUUGGCGACAACACUGGACAUUGGACUGUCCAACUGGAGCUUCCUCUUCAUCACCAUUAGCUUGUACACCAUGACCAAGUCCUCCGCAGUACUCUUUAUUCUCUUUUUCUCUCUGCUCUUCAAACUUGAGGAGCCAAACCCAUUCCUGGUCCUGGUGGUCCUGUUGAUCGCCAGCGGCCUCUUCAUGUUUACCUUCCAGUCCACCCAGUUCAACCUGGAGGGUUUCGUCCUGGUGCUGCUGGCGUCCUUCAUCGGGGGAAUUCGAUGGACUCUCACUCAGGUGCUCAUGCAGAAAGCGGAGCUGGGCCUCCAGAACCCGGUGGACGCCAUGUACCACCUCCAACCUCUCAUGUUCCUCGGCCUCUUUCCUCUCUUCCUGGUUAACGAAGGAUUGAGCUUGAGCACGUCAGACAAGUUGUUCCGGGUGACGGAGUUGUCUCCUCUCUUGUAUUCUGUGCUCUCGUUGAGUAUGGGAGGAGUCCUGGCUUUCGGUUUGGGCUUUUCAGAGUUUCUCCUCGUCUCACGAACAUCCAGCCUCACCUUGUCCAUAUCGGGCAUCUUUAAGGAGGUCUGCACGCUGCUGCUGGCAGCAUGGCUGAUGGGAGACAAAAUGAGCGCGCUCAACUGGCUGGGCUUCGUCAUGUGUGUGUGUGGUAUCGCACUGCACGUGGGUCUAAAGACUUACUACUCCAAAAAUAAAGGCUCGUCCAUAAGGCAGCUGAGCAGUAAGAACACGGAGCUCCAGCUGCCCUUGCUGAGGCAGGAUGAAGACGAUGCCGACAAUGAGGAAGAGGAAAUGACUCUGCACUAGCACACGAGAUCAUCAUCAUCCUCGUAGAGAUCCAUCAUGGUCUGCUUGACAACAUCAAUGUUGUUCUCUUUUGUCUCAGGGGAGUUCAAAAUGAUUGAAAUUUAAUUGAAAUAGAAUACUUUUCUAUGUGAGGUGACUCUCUAGGAGAAUCAUGGACCUUACUAACUUGAUAACAAUCAGUUUGUUCCCUUAAACUUGAUUUAUCCACACAAAUUUAACCUCCACACAAAUAGAAAUAAUCUGUUCGAGGCUCAGACUGACCACCAAAGACUAUAAUACUUUGCGUCGUAUUAUCGUAAUGCGUUCCAACUCCACGUGAGCUCAUCCGUUUCCGUUAUUUUUUUCAUUUGUCGUUAUUUUCGACUCAAGCCAUUAUGUACCGAGCAGCCUGGGCAGACCAUAAUUCAUGUUGGAGCUGACUCGAUGCACGGAUUUUUGCGGCUAGCUAGUCAAUCAUGUGACCUCAGGGGUAUUGUACUUUACAGGUUUUACUGUACUUCAAUACUUUUUCUCGCUUUCAGUAGAUAUUUUUAGCUUUAAAAAUGACCUGAUUGUGCCUUACUUUCUGUACCUCGGCGUCUUCUACUGGACUUGUAAUUAAAACAUUUGCUGCAAUUUAUCAUACAAAAUAGAACAUGUUGUGUCAUUUUUACAGACAAUAAUUGUUCUUCAGCAUUAAUGGUGCCUUCACAGAUGUGUAAGUUACCCAUGCCUUGGGCACUAAUACACCCCCAUACCAUC